UCGAACACGCAAUCGCUGCAGGAUAUACACUCCUCCUCAUGUAACCUACAUCACCGACAACACCGGCGUCAUCAUCAGCAACUCCUUGUUUUCAUCAUCAUCACCAUCACUGACAUCGCUAAGAAACCUGCCAGCAUCCUCAGGGCAUACGGACUCUCCACCCGCCCACAUACUGACUUGCGGUCCAGUUCCCGCCCCCAAAACAACCGCGGACUCAUCACACGUGCGCUGACUCGUAGACGCAAUCAAUGAACAAUACUACAACGCGCGCUUAACUCCAUGACCGACCAACCACGCGCGUGGAGGACUUAGCGUUGGCGGGUAUAUAAGCGCACCGGCAAUGGGUGCCACUACGCACACGUGCCAGACCCAGUAUUUGGAGUUCAGUUCCGUUCGGACUUUCCCGCUCUUCAGCCAUUUCUUGCCCGUCCCUGGUUAAAGUCGAGCCAUCUGGAUACAGUGAGCCUCCAUAGCAUCAUGGUUCGAGGGCCACUAGGCCUGAUACCGCACAGAUCCCCGACAUGCGGACUAGUGAUAUUAAUUUCUAUCUAUUGUACGGGGCUUGCUUCGGCCUGGCGGGGUGAUGAUGGUAACACCUCCCCGGGUUUGCUUCGCGAUCCCCCGUCGCCCAUGGAGGCAGAGGUGUCCUCAGGAUACAGCCAGCCAAACACCCAUAAUGAUCCACCCAACCGAAAGCCACCAUCAUUCCCGCAUCAACCUUCUGCCUACAACAUCAUGCAACAUGCACUGUGGGACGAAAAGAUGGCGGACGACGCCGGCGACACCGGCGGGUACGAGGCCAGAAAAUGGAGCUACCUCCAGGACAGGGUCAACGAUAAUUACGUACAGAGAACUAUUGACUAUCUGCUGAACGGGAUCGAGGUCGACGCUGACGAGCAUCUCAGGGAAGAGGGACACGGGUUAGACAGCCGAAGUAUCGGUGUCCAACGGCGUUCGAGUCUCCCAGAUACGUGUGGGCGUCGAGACAUCGAGCCUGAGGUAACGAAGCGGGUGGUGUUGGGGCGUAAGGCCCGCGUUGGUCAAUGGCCCUGGUUGGUACAACUCUCGGAGAUCGGAGCCACGCAGCCGUACUGCGGUGGAACCUUACUCAGUGAUGAGUUUGUACUGACUGCUGCCCACUGCUUUGACAGACACGACCCCAAUGACGUGGUGGUGAUUAUCGGCGACUGGAACCGCCUUGCCAAGGAAGGCACCGAGCAACGGUUCCGCGUAGACUGCGUCUACAUUCACGAGGCCUACAUCCCGAGAGGAGACUACAAAGAUGACGUCGCCCUCGUACGGCUGAAGACGGACAAGAGGAAGGUCAAGAUGGGCCCUGCCGUCCAGCCGGUCUGCCUGCCCCCACAACAGAGGGCGGGCGAGCCGGAUCUGUUCAAAUCGGGGGAUAUGUGCUUUGUGGUUGGCUGGGGGUUUACGGAUCCACUGACCUACUUCAACUCCCAGCACCCGGCUAUUCUUCACGAGGCCCGCCUCCCCAUCCUCCCGCCCCAGUCCUGCCGUGACGCCUACGGAGGUCUCUACACGGACAAUAUGGUCUGUGCAGGCCACAUGACCGGUGACCACCGCACAGACGCCUGCAAAGGCGACAGCGGCGGUCCUUUGAUGUGCAGGGAGAAGACCGGUCAUUGGGUGGUCUGGGGCAUCGUGUCCUGGGGCCACAACUACUUCUGCAACGGGUCUCCGCACAAGCCCAUACCCACGGUGUAUACCAAAGUGGAGGAGUACUUGCCGUGGCUGAUGCAGAGGCUACGACUUGAUAAGUGUUAAAAGGAAGAACAGAAUUGAAAAAAAAAGACUACGUGUACUAGUCCAUGUUGAAAUGUGUUGUUAAAAAAACCAACUAUUAUUUAAAGUCAUUAUCAGAAAAUAAAUGACGAAACUAGACCAAGACGAGGUAUGGAGAAUUCAAAAUCAAAGAAGUCUUAUCAUAGUUACAAGUCAUGUCCAGUAGAUCACUCUACGGGGGUAUGUGAAAAGGGAAGAGUUUUUAGCAAUCACCACUUUUCCGGGAAGCCAUCACUUUGUAAAAUAAAGUUGAGUUUUAUUCCGCACUUUUUCAUGCCAUAAAAGGUUCCAAAGUGUACGGUUUUACUUUGCAGAAUAAGUUUACUAAAACAAUUGUGGCUUUGGUCUGUGGGUGCUGUUGUACGUGAAAUCCUAGAGAUUAAACUAAUGAUGAAAAUAAUCGCAAAUAGUCUUCAGAUUUUUAAUAGUAUUAUGCACCAUAGUGGUAGCAAUAGAAUCAUCACUAAGUGUUAGUUUUAAGGAAGUUAGUCAGAUCAUUAAGAGGUGCCAAAGAAUGUUUUUGUUUAAUAUUUCAUUCCUCGUGAAUAUUGUUGGUUGGUAAACAAAAAAAGGAAAUCAGUAUUAGAAAAUGUUAAAUUUUUUGUCCAUUAUUUCAUAUUAAAAGAAGAAAAUAUCAUUUCAGGUACUUGUAAACAUAGCACCAGUUGAUUAAAAAAAUGUAUAUUUUGUCUGAAAUACAACCUGUAUUAAAUGGUUGCGAUGUGUAUAUAGUAAGUCAAAUCGUUAUUGAUUGGCUGUAUCUGAUAGCGGUGCGCGCUAGGCCUACUUAAACUCAAAACACCUUUAGAAGUAGAAAUAACUCACUGUAAUGCGUAGCUACUUGUAGUCAGUACAUGAUGCCACACUAUUAGACAGAAAGGUUAAAAUAACUUGGGUAAAAAUAUCAGGACAUUUUCACCCUGCAUAGCCUUACUCUGGCUGAAACCAUUCGAACCUUAUUUUAUUGUAGUCCAACGCUUUCAUUCCCGAAUCUUAUUAACGAAUAAUAAUAUGAACGGGUAUUGGAUUGUGAACUGGCAAUAAUCCUAGAAUUUAAUAUCACAUACUUAAUUGUAGAUCACUGCAUUCGUAGGUAUAACUGUAAGUAUAAUCUAACUAGUACUUAAAUGCUUGCACGAUAGUUGUUGUUGUGGAUAGACUGAAAAAAAAUCACCCAUGUCCAUCAUUAAUGUCCAAGAAUAGAAGCCAUCGAAUGAGCAUUUUUUUCCUUUUAGGUGUCUUGUCACUUAUCUUUUGAAAUAAGAUCUGGUAUUUUUCCAACACUAAGCAAAACAGGAUUAACCCACUGUAGUUUUUUUUUAAAAGAAUAUCGCUGUGUGCAAAUCAACAAAAAUAAUAAAACUGAUAGAGUUUAACAGAAUCUAAGGAAAUAUUGAUGUGAUUUUAUCCCUGUUUGUGGAAUAAAAUGCCUUAACUUUUUA